AUGGGACCAGGCGACACAAAUUUUGAUGCAGCAAGAACACCAUCAAUUUGCCAGAUGCAAUAAACAACGACGAGGAAUGACCGGGGCACCUGGGCGCUGAGGUGCCGGCGACUUUGGCGCGCACAGUGGAGCAUAUAGAGGGCUGAGAAUGAACUCCGAUGCCCUCGAAAGAGCCACCAAGCGGCUCAAGGACCUGCUGCUGGAAAAGGUCCCUGAGCUGCUGCUGCAGGCCGAGUGCGGCGGGGGCCUGGAGUUGCCCACACUCCUGCCAUGGGGCUUCGCCUCCGUGCCCUCCCUGGACGAGCUAGCCGACACGGCCGCGCAGGAGCUCGCAGACAUGCACCAGCGCCGCCGGCAGCAGUGGCAGGAGCAGCUGCGGCGGCAGCGAGAACAGGAGGAGCAGGCGGACCAGCAAGGGCAGGACGCGCAGGAGGGGCGCGGCGGCGACCGAUGGCAGUUGUCAGAGCACGAGCAGGAGGGACAGCGACAGCAGCAGCAGCAGCAGCAGCAGCCACGACAGGUGGAGGAAGGGGAGCAUGCAAGCGAAAGAGAGCAGCGGACAGAGGCGCUUGAUGGCACGGCCGGCGGUCCACCGCAGCAGCCGCUACUCGAGCUCCGGCCGCCGGACGAGUCUACCGUGACCCAGACGCCGGGACUGGCGCAGGCGGCGGCGGCCGACGGCGAGCCAGAGCUGCCAUGCGCGGCACCUCCUCCCCACCUUCAACACCUACAGCAGCAGCAACCGCCGCCACAGCAGCCGCAGCAGCCGACGUACGCGUGUACAGCCUUCCUGCAGGCGCUGGACGAGAGCCGUACGUACCGCAGCCCGCACUGCGAGGCGGCCAUGGCGGACGCAUUGGGCAUGUCAGACCUGUACGAGGGACUGGCCGGAUCCACACUGGCGCCGCCGCCGCCGCCCGCGGGCCUGCAGGGCCUGCAGGGGGCGCCUGGUGGGAGAGGGGAAGGGCGGCCGCAGUCACCCGGGGCAGCAGGGAGAGGCGGAGGAGGCGGCGGUGUGGCAGGCGGGGCCACGGACUCGGGCUCGGGACUGGAGCUGCUGCGGGGAAUGCUGCGGGGCCACAUCGACUGCCGCUGGUCGCUGGAGGCAGUCAAGCAGGGCGCGGCGCUGGCCAAGCAGGGCAACUACCCCGACGCCUUCAAGUGCUACACGCGCGCCCUGGAGCUGGACCCACGCAGUGCCGAGGCGCUGGUGGCGCGCGGCGCGGCGCACGCCAAUCAACGUGACUUGGCCGCGGCAGAGGCAGACCUGAGGCAGGCCAUACGGCUGGAUCCAACGCAUCGCAACGCGGCCCCCUACCUGGCGGCGGUGCUGCGGCGCGGCGGCGCCGACGCCACGGACGCGGCGGCAACCGUGGCGGCGGCGGUGGCGGAGGGCGCGGCGGCGGUGAGGAGGGAGGAGGAGGAGCGGCGGCGGGCGGCGCUGGAGAAAGUGCGGGGGGUUGGCGGCGGGGAAAGGCCGGCGGCGGUGGCUGCGACGCCGCGGGGCCGCAAGCAAGGCGCGGGCGAGGGUGUGGGCGGCGCGGCGGAGCAGAAUGCGGAGGAGGGUGACGGCGCCGGCGGCUCGUGGCGGGAGCGGCAGCAGGAGCAGCUGCUGGCGCUGCAGCAGCACCGGCAUCGCGGCGGCGCACCUGUGCACUACGCCUCGGGGCCGGCUGGUCCGGGGCAGCAGGACGGCGGGAGCGGCGGCGGGCCGCAGCUGCCGGAGGCUGACCGGCUGCAGCGGGAGCGGGAGUUGGAUGAACUGGAGCGGGAGCUUGAGGCAGAGCGGCGAGCACGUGCGGCAAGCGGGGCGGGGUUGGGCCCGGACAGUUGGCCGGGCGGCAGGGGGCGAAGCGGCGGCGGCGGCAGCAAGAGUCGCCGGCGGCGGACCAGCUUAAGCAGCAACAGCGGCGGCAGCAGUGGGAGUAGCAGUAGCAGCAGCAGUGGCAGCGACACACCAGGGUUGGCGGCUGCUGCGGCGGCCGCAGCGGGCGGCGGGCGGCCGGACAGUGAAGACGUCAAGCGGGCUCUUGAUGUGUACCUCAAGGCGCGCAAGUCGUCUUCCUCCUCGCAUAAACGCAAAUCUCACAAACACAAGAGUAGCUCCAAACACAAGAAGAAGAGCAAGAAAAAGCGGCGGAAAUAGAUGGUCUGGGGGCCGUGUGGCAGGGGUCUGUUGAUUUAUGGAAGCAAGAACCCCGCGCAUUGCACUUCUGGGGCAGACCUGGGCCCCGCGUCUCUGGAGCGGAUGGUGCAAGGGAUGAUGGAUUGAUGGCCCCAGGAGUAGUGGAAGACGGCUGGUAGGAUGCAGAGCUCGGCAAGUAAGGCUAGCCAGGCCGCUGUCAGGGUUCAGAUAGGGGCGCAGUGAGUCCUGGCCUUGCUGUGGAGCUCGGUGCCUCCUUGCGGCAUGGAGUCCGUUCUGCGGAGAGGUAUGCAGGCGGUGGCGUGAGCCACAGGCCCACAGGCCAGAGCCCAGGGGUGACCCGCCAAUAGCGUAUGCGUGAGUCCGUGCUUUGGUAUACAGGUGGGCAACUCGGACCUCCUUGUACUGUAACGUCGCGUUGGC